AUGACUCCGAAUAAUGGAGUUCAUCGCAAGAUCCUCGGGCUGAACCGCUCUACCUACCACGCCACGGACGUCAGCGUCGUCUUCGACACCACGACAUGGCUGACGGCCGGUGGCACCAUCUACACCCUCGACCUGAACAGCCGUGACGCCGGCAAAUCCCAGGAGCGCUGCCUCUUUGAGAGGCUCGGCCCUGACCGCUACAGGAAUUGGCGGUGGGAAGCUCUACCGCUGCCGCCGUUAUUCAAGGGGGGCCGCUACCUCGAGCUCAAGUCCCACGCCGUGCACCCAGACAGCGCCACGGUGUUUCUGUCCUUCCGCAUUGCUCGGACGUUCGAGCACCCAAGCCAUGCAAGCCAAAGGGACUCCACCUUCGGAGAUCAUUCAGAUGGUGAGGAGAAUUUUUCCCCAUCAAAUCCUCUCGUAGACACCAUGGAAACGACGAACUCUGCCCUAAUCAAUGGUGCUGUUGAUGCAAGACAGGGGAACAUCACUGCUGUCAUCGAGUCCGCGUCUACAUCAGUUUCUGAGUUACCAGAAUCUAUGGCACAACAAUCAGAUACGGUAUUAGAUAAAAAUGGACAGCCUUUGAUUGCUCCUGAAGUUGGAAUGGCUUUCGAUUCAGAGGAUAAAGCUUACGAGAUGUAUAAUAACUAUGCUGGUAAGGUCGGAUUCAGUAUUAGAAAGAGCCAUACGAAGCGCCGAGUUGAUAAAACUAUAUGCCAGAAGUAUAUAGUUUGCAGUAACGAAGGACACUGUGCUAAUGCGUCGUCACAGAAGGAUGUUACAAGGACGGGUUGUGAUGCCCGUGUUCAGUUUAGUGUCAGCAGAGAGGGGAUUUGGAAAGUGCAAAAGGUUGUACUUGAUCACAAUCAUUAUCUUGCUAGUCCUAAUAAAAAGCACAAGCUGAAGUCCCAGCGUCGUGUUACAGAUGCAGACAGGCAGCUGAUUGGUCAGAUAAGAGAAGCCGGGAUGAAGCCAGCCCAGGUGUAUGAGUUCAUGAAAGAAUUUUAUGGAGGAUCUGACAAAGUUCCAUUUGCAAAGAUGGAUAGCAACAAUGAGAUCGGUCGCGAGCGGAAGAAGUACUUAGAGUGCAAUGAUGCGCAGUCAUUGUUGGAUUACUUGAAGAAUAAGCAGAGAGAUGAUCCUGGAUUUUUUUAUGCUGCUCAAAUAGACGAGGAAGAUGGUCGGAUAGCUAAUUUCUUCUGGGCAGAUGGUCAGUCUAUUAUGGACUAUGCAUGCUUUGGUGACGCCGUAUCAUUUGACACCACCUUUCAGACUAAUAAGUUUGAAAUGCCUUUUGCUCCACUCCUGGGAACGAACCAUCAUAAGCAAACAAUAAUUUUUGGGGCAGCAUUGAUAUUUAAUGAGAGUAUUGAAUCAUUUGUUUGGCUCUUUGAGACCUUCCUAACAGCUAUGUCUGGCAAACAUCCCAAAACAAUUUUCACUGAUCAAGACGCGGCCAUGGCAGGAGCAAUUGCCUAUAAAGUAUACUGUGCAAGCAUGCCUUCAAAGUUUUCAGUGUGA